CUAUGGACAAGGUCGGGAAGGCUCAACUGUCACCACUGGGGUUUCAACCAACUUGAUCAUUACUGCGACAUACGAUUGCGUUACACCUUUGGGCGGCCACCUGUGUGAUUUUUCUACAAACGGCACGUUUCACUUUCUUACUUUACUUUCAACAGUUUGGAGUUUCCCAUCAUUUGCGUUAGAUGAUCAUCGCAGAACAUGCGGUGGGGCAACAUGCCUCGAAUACAGCGUGGCUCCAGACCAUGCUGGAAAAGUUUCACUAGUCACCGUUUCACAUCUUCAAUUGUUUCCUCCCCUAUUUUCUUUUUUUGGUGUUUCCUGUUAGGUGCAAACAUCGGCCAAUUUCCUAGUAAGCUUCUGGGUAUGUUACACCCUUGUAUAUUAUACUUCGACAAUUUAUUUCCUGCAAACGGAUGGAUCGGCAGGGUAUGGGUCUUUUCAAUUUUUCGGUAUCUUCCUUUUACCUCGACUAGCUCUGGCGGCGAUGAUACCACGGAAGGACAAAUGAGAACGAGCGAGAUAGGCAGAGUUGCAUAGUUUUGAAUCGAGAUACACCCACUUACACUUCUUUA